GUUUUAUUCCUCUUAUCACAUAAUCACAAGUGGAAGGAGGGAAUAGGAUAUCAGAGGUGUAAAACGACCAUUGAAUAAUCAGAAAAUUGCUCUUCCGGUCGAAAGUCGUCUUUGUAUUUCAUCGGGACGGUGGGAAAGACGACACUAGACUGCGAAGAGAUACAAAGAAAUCAUGGAAAGCUUCAAAGAGCUCGCCCGUGAAUAUGAUGAGAAGUUCAAAGCCUUUCAAGAUGAUCUUCAAAAAUGGGAAGAAACUUCAGAAAGAAAAGAAUACGCAGAGUUUCAUCGUGUUCAAGCAGAAUCUGAAUUCCCAGAGCUGAAAAGAGAACGGGAGGAUCGAGAACGAUGGGCUCGUGCUGAACGAAUCCGCGGUGAAGAUGAGAAGAGUAUGCUGGCAAAAGAGCACGCCGACAAGAAAAUUCGGCUAGGUGUUGCAAAAAUCCCACGACUUCUCACAGAGAGUGAACGAAAAAUGGAUGAAUUUGUGGAACGACCCGGUUCAAUUCUGAAAGAUAUGAAGAAAGAACAUCGACAAUCAGUGUUGGAUCGUCUUGAAGAAUGGAGCCCUGAAGAGAGAUCAUUGUUUAAGAGUCGACAAGCAGAUCAUGUGAAGAUUUUCCAUGGACUAACCGAGUUUUUUGUUGAUAAAACCGCAUCGGAUCUUGUGCUUUUUUACUAUAUGAACAAGAAAACCGAAGACUACAAGAAGGACUUCAAACCUAAGAAACGAGUCACAAAAUAUAAAGUUGGAGCAUUUCCAUCGGUUGAAGAGCUUGCAUACUUUCGAAUGAUGCCUCCUUUGGAUUUUUCUUCAUUUCCCAAAAACUCUCUAAUGUGUUAUUUUUGCUGUCGUACAGUCAACGGAAUCGAUCUUAAUGGAACAUUUAUGCCAAAAGAGGCUUAUGAAAUUUUUGCUAUCUGUCCUGAUGAAGAUCGAGUUGUUUGUUCGGGUUGUCGUGAAGAAGCUGCAAAACUAUAUAAAGACAAUCGGUGCUUUGGUAAUCGAUGCUCAAAUCAGAAGAAACGAGCAAAUCGAGUCAAUAGGAAUAUUCCUCUAGAUUUCGCCGACUUUCCAGUCAGAACGCGUGCAUUCAUCAUGGAUAAACUCGGAUCGACACGUGUUGCUGUCAAAUUUUGUACUCCAUGCAAGAAUGCCUUGACUCGGUGGAUUAAUGAUGUGAACAACAAAGAGGAAACAAUAAUGGCAGAACUCUUGAACUAUGAGGGACAAGUUGGUUGGACGGAUGAUGAAAAGACAAAACUUGUGACAUUAAUUAACUCAUCACCGACACUUGAUUGGGUUUCCAUUUCGGAAGGAAUGAAUCGUCGACCGAAUGAGUGCAAAAUGCAAUAUGAUGCUAUGAAUGGUGUCAAAACUCAGCCAAUGAUUGAAGAAGUUGAUGAAGAAGAUGGAAAUGGUCAGGAAGAAGGAGGUGAUGCAUUGGUGAAUACACCUACAACAUCAAGCGCUGCUGCCAGAAGAAGUGGAUUAGCGAGGAAUGCUAAAAAACCAGUGCGAACACCUCGGGCUCCUCGUUCAGCUGGAGGUCGUAGAACAGGCGGAGCUGUUACUCGUGCUCAGGCAGUGCCAAAACCCGUCGAGGAUCUUGGAGAGGAAAUUGAUGAAAUGGAGAUUGAAGAUAAUGAUGAGGAUGCAAGCAGAGGUAGUAGAGGGAAGGAUUCCAAGGCACCAAGUGAUCGAGAUGGGUCUCCAGCUGAUAUGGAAGGUGAUUCACCUGAAGGACAGGAUCAAGACGCUGAUCAAGACCAAGAUCAAGAUCAGGAUGUAGAUGAAGAGGAAGAGGAGGUGAUUGUCAGAGACAUUGAUUCACCUGUAAAGACGUUAUUAUCACCGAAGAUUUUGUCUGGGGGUCACAAACCAGAUUUUCCACCAGUACCCCGAAUUCAAAAGCCAUCGACAUCGUCCCAACCUCCACCGCCGGAACCAAUGGAUACAAAGGAAAAUGAGUCUGAUGAUGGUGAGGAGGACAAUGACAUUCUCGAGAUUGAUGUAGACGAGCCACCAGCAAAAAGGCCCACACCAACCUCUUCAUCAUCCCAUCUCAUCGGCUCAAGCAGUGUUGGCGGCAGUGAACGAGAGCUCGGUGGGCGUGGUCUUGUCCAACAACAACAGCAGCAGCAGCCACAGGCACAGAGUGCCGCGCCUCCAGUGACCGUCUCUACAGCCGCUGCUGCAACAGCCGAGAGACUCGUCAAUGCCACGUCGCCCUCACCCUCUGUCGCCUCUCAGCAUCUAGUACCAACUGAAACAAGUACAUCUGUUCCGCCGGUCACUAUUGUGCCUCCUGCCAUUCAACAGCCAGUCGUUGUCAUAUCUGGUGCGGCGCCUCAGUUUACUCAACAACAGACGACACAUUCACCAGCUCUAAUUGCACAACCUAUUCCUCAACAGCUUAUACCGCAACGAGUCUCUACGCCUGCUCAGAUACUCACGCCGACUCCAGUUCGACCGACUGCGGCGUCAACUCCUUCUAUGGAUCAAUUUCUUGGGUUAUUCAAGCAGCAACAACAGCAGCAACAACAACAGCCACAACAAUCGAAUCUUAUGCAACAACUUGGAAAUAUAAAUCCUCAGUUUCUUGCUCUUCUUCUUCAACAACAACAGCAACAGCAACAAGUUCAACAGGCACAGGUACAGGCAGCUCAAACUCAAGGAUCUCUUACAUCUGGAACUCCAUUUCAAGCACAGCAAAGACCAGAUGAAGCACUUCAGAAGUUAUUUUCUAGUCCAGAGAUGCUCGGAACACUACUCAACGCAAAAUAUCAAUUUCCUCAGUUUCCACAAGCUAUUCAACAAAAUCCAUUGCUCAUGAACGCUCAACAUCAGCUAAUUCUUCAGCAGCAGCAACUAGCCAUGCAGCAUGCACAAGCUCAGGCAGCGCAGGCAGCGCAGGCACAAGCAGCUCAAGCAGCACAGGCACAGGCACAAGCUCAAGCCGAAGCUAAACUGAAAACCCAAGCCGCUCAAGCGAAAGCUCAAGCUGAUGCUCAGGCUCGAGUACAAACUCAACAGCAGGCACAUUUGAAGGCUCAAGCACAAGCUCAAUAUCAGAUGAAUCGUCCUCAACUCAUUCCGGCAAGUGUUCAAAUGCCGAUAGGAAUUAAUACUGCGUAUCAUCAAAAAUCGCUGACUCCCUCUGAAACAUCAGCAAGUGCGACACCUCCGGCUCAUCGUCCACGAGCUGCAACAACAGUUGGAAGUAAGAUGCCAGCUGGUAGAUCUAAUGUUCAAGAAGCUGAGCUGAGGACCCUGAAAGAAGAGCUAAUCAAGAGAAUUCGUCUGUUUCGCGAUAGAAUAGCCGAGGAUGCACAUUUGAAACGAGAGGAGGAGAAUAUUGUAACUUACACUGCACAAAUUCAAGCCUCGCGAGUGCAAUACAAUACCGAAAUUCUCGGCCAGAUGAAACAACGUUAUGAGCAAGCUGCUGCAAGACGAAUUGAAAUAGUGAAGGAAUUGGAUGAACCUGCUAAAUUUAUUAAUGGAGUGCAGAAUAAGUUCAACGAUUUCUCCGUUUUCAAGCUUGAUGAGAUUGAUCGUCAAACUUUACAUGAAAUACUUCAACGAUACGCCGCAGAGCAGAAACCCGAUCAACUUCAACAGCAGCAAAAUGAUUUCCACAAUUUAUUACGUCAGAACAAUAUUGGAAUUCGUCAAGCUCAGUAUCCAGCACUGCAGGCUUCACCACAUCAAGCGGCCAUCAUUCAGCACCAGCAGCAGCAGGAAGCAUUCAAGAAACUACAACAGCAGCAUCAAGAUGCUCAAAAGAGAAAACUUGAAGCUCCAGUAUCUUCAGCAACUCCGCAAGUCAAGCGUAUUGCACUUAGCCAAUCAUCUCCUGUUCAACGUUUUUCACAACAUCCAAAUGGAACUCUACCACACAAUUUGGCUGUUGUUUAUCAGAAUAAGAUGCCUCAAGAUCGUGAGAAGCUUCUCCAAGAACAACAGUUGAAUCAAUACCUUUUUGCUGCUCAACAACAGCAUCUACAGCAACAACAGCAACAUCAUGGUACCCAACCAGAGCAAAAAUCAAAGAGAAAAUCAGGAAUUGAAAGCAUCACAAGUAUGCAAGGUGCACCUCAUCGUCAUAUUCAAUUGGCUGGGCCUUCUUCUUCUCGAAUUCAAAGUGGUAGAGGUGUUAGUCCUGCUCUUUCAGCUUCAAGAAGUGUUGCACCAACGAUCUCUGGGGCUGCUGGUCGUAGUAUCACUGCCGGAACAUCGGGACAUUCAUCUACUUCCGAUUACAACAAGGAACUUGCUGAGAGGAUGAAUGAAGUUUUCAAGCCAACUCAUCCGCAGCUUCUUCAAACAAAAGCUUCUGCAAUGAAUUCGAAUGCAGUGUCACCUGCAAACACAAAUAAUUCAGAUGAAAUUGAAUGUGUAUAUCAAGGACCACCCAAGACGCCAGCAUCUAUAAAACGUCUUCAACCGACAGAAGGACCUAGAACUCUUUCUGGACAACGAAUGAAGAGCAUUUUAAGUGUUCCUGCUCACCAGCGAAGAUCGAGCAUUCCACCAGUGAAAACAGAAGAUGAAGCUAUGGAGUGUCUUUCAAUGAUGAUGUAUGAAGAGGCGAAGGCGCCGCCAUCUGAUCGGAUUGUGACUAAAUUGAUUUCGAGUAGCGAAGCUGCUGCCGCCGCGAAUCCGUCUGCCAAGUUUUCGUAUCUUGAUAUUUUUAACGACGUUGUCAAGAGAGACGAGGAACGUUGUCAGAGAAUGCUCCAAUCGACUUCUGUACUUCAACCAUCACGAGAACUAGAUGCAUUCCUACAACAAUUGCAACAGAAUCCACAGCAAUAUGCAAAUCUUUCCGCGGCGGAGAAGCUCGCACUACAACAAUAUCAAAUUCAUAGUGCUCAUCAGAAAUCUCAACAACAAGCUCAACUGCAGGCGGCACAACAAUUGCAACAGCAGCAGCAAGCCAGGCCUGAUCAUUACGAGAAAUUCCAUCUUUUGCGUCCCAAUGCGGAAAUUGUCCGGCCGAUCCCAACAACGUUUUCUCAUUUUUUGAACAAAGCGACAACGUCUACAGUUUCAUCGUCCGCAUCAGCUCCACAGUUUCUGCAACCGCCAGCAGCAGCUUCAAUUGCUGCACCAACUCCAAUUUCCACACCACAUGCGAUGCCAUCUCCCUCAGUAGGUGUACAGACAGCACCUCCGACUCCACAAGCUGUACAUCAUCCUGUUAUGCCUAUUAUUCCUGGUAAACCAUCAUCAGUCAACUCAAAUGUGUCAGAUGUGUCUUCAGAUGAUGACGAUGUUCGAAAUCCUGAGAAGUUGCCAGCCAACAGAUUGCCUCCUCUUCCAGGCGAUAAAACAGCUUUCCGAUCAGUUAUCGAUUUACGGGCAACCGGUCACGUGGCAGUUACCAAGAAGAUUCCAGUCAAAUAUCCCUUAGUUGUUCAAGCUCAAAACGGGAUUCAACCAAUCAAAGAUUACGGUCCACCAUGCAAAAAUCUUGUUUAUGAAGACUUAUCGGAUGAUGAAUAGAUGUUUCCUACCUCAAUAUUCAAAUUUCCUUAUACCAUUUCAUUGCUCCUAUUUCUUUACUUAAUCUCUUUCUUUCACUUAAUCCAUUUAAAUUCCUCCCUUCAAUGCUUUCCCUUUUUAACAAAUACCCUUCAAUAAUUUACAUUAAACUAGGGUUACUGUAGCGUACAAAGUACCGUAUUAUUUGUGUUCCAUUCUCAAUUGGGUUGAGUGGCACGUGUAAAUAGUUACGAGUAUCAAUUUUCUUGUUUCUCCAACUGUCUCUCCUUCUCUUGAAUAUCAUAUGUGUUUGCGUGAUUUCAUUCAAUUCUUUUUUGUCUUGACUGUUUCAAUUGCUUUUUGUGAAAUUAUUUUUAAAUAUUUGGUUGUUUAAUCGGUGAUUCUUUUGUUUCUUUUUUUCUCAUUCAACAAAAAACUGUAUUCAAAAUUAAAUAAACAUAAUUGUAACU